UAAAAAUUAAACGUCAAAAAUUACAUGUGUGGUUAACAAUGUCGGAAAUUAUCCAAAUUUCGGAUUCCUUCACUUGUAUUACUUGUAGAGUGGCAUUUAAAGAUGCCGAAGUACAAAGACAGCACUACAAAAGCGACUGGCAUCGCUAUAAUUUGAAAAGAAAGGUUGCUGAGUUGCCACCAGUGACUGCCGAAGAGUUCCAAAGAAGAGUUUUGAAUCAAAGAAACACAGAAGAGUUGAUGCGUCAGGAUACAAACGUGUAUUGUAAUGCUUGCAGGAAAAGUUUUGGGAAUCAGAAUGCUUAUGAUAAUCACUUAAAUUCAAAGAAACAUAAGGAUAACAGUAAGAAUUAUGUUGAGGGUGAAACAAGGGAGGUUAAAGUUAAAGCUAAACCAGAAGUAGAUAUGGAGGUAGACGAGGAAGUUGAUUCAGAUGAAUGGGAAGAAGAUACAGAGAAUCCUAUUGAUAAUAAUGAUUGUAUAUUCUGCUUGCACCACAGUCGUAAUUUGAUAAAAAACUUGGAGCAUAUGACUAUAGCACAUUCUUUUUUUAUACCUGACAUUGAAUACUGUGUGGAUUUGGAGGGAUUGUUAAGAUAUUUGGGAGAGAAAAUUUCAGAUGGCUUCAUGUGUUUAUGGUGCAAUGAAAAAGGUAAAACAUUCCAUUCAUCUGACUCUGCUAGAAGUCAUAUGCUUGAUAAAGGACAUUGUAAAAUGUUACAUGAAGGUUUAGCAUUGGCUGAAUAUGCAGACUUUUAUGAUUAUUCAUCAUCAUAUCCUGAUGCAGAGAAAGAAUCCAACAUAGAUGAAGAACUUGAUGUACCUGAGCUGGAAGCUUCCGAGUACCAACUGGUACUUCCCUCAGGGGCUGUUGUAGGUCACAGAAGUUUGAUGAGAUAUUAUAAACAAAGUUUAAAUCCCAAUUCAGCUGUAGUGGUUUCAAAUAAAGGCAAUAAAAAGCUGCACAAAGUUUUAGCACAAUAUAGAAGUUUAGGUUGGACUGCUACUCAACAAACAGCUGCAGCUAAGAGAGCCAGAGACAUUCACUUUAUGAAAAGAAUGCAGUCCAAGUAUGUCAUGAAAAUGGGACUUAAAGCCAACAAAUUCCAGCCUCACUUCAGACAACAAGUAAACUAUUAGUUCUAUUAUUUUACUCACUGUAAGGUAUAAGUAAAUAAAAAGAAUUUAUUAGUUUU